AAAAAAAAAUUGAAAACGAAUUUGUUAGCCCCCAAGCCAAAUCCAGGGUGCGCCACUGGCAUUGUUCUUGUAAUAAUUAACUACAUUAUUCUGUUUAAAAAAAAUUGAUGGGUCAAGUUUUGUUAGACGGACUUUGAACGUUUCAAUUGACAUUUGAAAUUCUAUUAGACAAGCUGCGGUCAGAUUUAACAAGUGAAAUAAAAGAGUGGUAAAUCGAAUUUGAAUGAGUCUGCAGUUUUCUUUGUGACAAGGCAUUUUUGGUGCGACUCAACAAAUUUUUCAUUAAUUAUAUCAAGCGAAGGCUUGUGUCUUCAUCAAGCAGUCAACGUCAGCAGCACAGCCAAGCAACAGCGAUCAUGUCACAAAAACACCUAGAAGCUGGUCAGCCUCUGCCAGCCUUAAAGGAUGGCUCCAUUCGUCUCUUCAGCAUGAAGUACUGUCCAUUUGCACAGCGCGCUCGCUUGGUUCUAAAGGCCAAGGGAAUCGAUUAUGAAGUGAUCAACUGCAACUUGAAGAAGAAGCCGGAGUUUCUUUUCGAGCGAGAGCCGGAAGGGAAGGUCCCAAUCUUCGAACACAACGGCAAAGUCAUCUCUGAGUCCAACAUCAUCUGCGAUUUCCUGGACGAGGUGUAUCCCGACCCGCCUCUCUACCCCAAGGAUCCGUAUGAUAAGGCCAAGGAUAAGAUGUUCAUGGAAGCCUUUUCAUCAAAGGUGAUUCCAGCAUACUUCGGGUAUGUCAUGUCUGGAGAAAAGAACAAAGAAGCAGCCACAAAACAUCUGGUUGCCAUGACCUUGUUUGAUGCCGAGCUCAAGAAAAGAGGAACUCCGUUCUUUGGCGGCCAGCAGCCCAGCAUGGUUGACUUCAAUGCCUGGUCCUUUAACGAGCGAACUAUGGCCUCCGAUUCGCUGAUGAGCGCCGUCAAGACCAAGCUUCCGGCUCUGGACGCCUACUACAAGCGGAUGGUGGCCAACCCGACCGUCAAGGCCGUCCUCAACAGCAAAGAGGCCCACCAGAAGUACAACCAGGCAUAUGUGACCGGGACUUUCUUGUACGACUUCUAGGCUGACUGGAUGGAAAGGCACCAAGUCUUCAAAAGGAAAAAGAUUCCCGUCACUCACCGGCAGAGCCAUAAAAUAAGUUUUCUUUGUUUACUCCUCUUCAUUUUGUCUACAAAAGUAAUUCACUUUAAUUUCAGAUCAUGUCAAAUAAAUAAAAUAAAAUAACCAAUACUUUGCUAAUGACAAAACCGGUAUCAAGCAGAUCACUAAUUACGGUAAUACAUACAUUUAACCGUAUCUAGUUUUUAGGUAGGCCUAUUUUUUUUUCAAUGUGGAGAGAGUGGACCUGUGGCUUUCAGGCAAUAUUUUCUGGUCCACUAUCUCGACGAAGUAUCCGUACUUUGGUGUCAGUCUUACAGUUGUAUCCCCCUUUUCUUCAACAAAUUGGAGGGUUUUUAUCUUAAUAAAUGUUAAACUUGUAUAUUCUAUUCCAACCGAAAAAAAACGGGUUUUUUUUAAUUCUGGGCACAUCGAGACUGUGAGAACGCAGUUAUUGUUGGGGAGCAAGUCAUUCGAAAUUUGUAAUAAAGUAAUAAUUCAAUAAAUUCAAUUGCUAACAUUGUCCAACUUGUUUUUCUGUUGAUUAUCAUUCAGAAGUGAAUAACUUUUGUAUAUUGCUAGAAAAAUAGCAAUUUUGAAAAAGGUAUGUAUUUUUUUCUCGGAAAGAAACUUGAAAUCAGCAAGGGUAAAACAACAUUAAGCUAAAUUGUUACUGAACUACAGAUUUGAUUUUACUCAGCUGUACUGUUCAUUGGACAAAGACUUUAUUUUUUUAUUUUUUUCAACUCAGUGACUAGAAAAUAGUUGGUGGAAUGGUAUGGUAAUUCUUUGGGCCCCGAGAUUAUUGAAAUAAAUUGGUAGAUCAUGUGAUAGAUUAAUUCUAUGUAUUCUUCACAAUGUCAUUCCUGUAGCGAAAAUGUAUCUUUCAAAUUUUAUCAGUGUCAUAUUUGGUGUGAAUACUUUGAAUAAAGAACCAUUAAUUUAUGGGCAAUUUGAAGACAUGU